AUGAUUUUAACGGUUUUUGCUUUUUGCAUUACCACUGUGCUAACCGUCCCUACACAGGAAAAAACAAGCAGCUCUUCGGCAAUUUUCGAAAACAUUUUACUCUCUGCUGAUUUUGAUCAGGAUAGUUUUGCAGAAUUGCUGAGCACUGGCUCAGUAAACUGCUUCCCGCCGGAGGAUCGAAAGCACAAAUACGAAUGGGCCGGAGGUUUCAAUCAGAAACAUAUUUUAGACGAAUUGAACAGUAAUGACAAUAGCAUUGAUAUGGACAGCAGCUAUAUCGAUGAAAACUCAAAGACAAAUCGUUUCGACAAAAGAAAUGAUAAGAAUAUGGAAUAUUCCUCGGAUACCUACGCAUCAACUUCUUGUGCUUGUCAAACAAAGUAUGAACUUUUAGAUUUGGGCUACACGCACUUUCCGAGGUAUAUCGUGAACGCAAUUUGUCAAAAUCGUAACAUCAACAGUCGAAAAUGCUGGCGCGGAUUGCGUUGCAAGGAAAUUCCAUAUAAGGUACGAGUACUGACCAAACGCUCUGAAAACGAAUCGAACGACCCAGAUCAUCACUCCACUUUGUUACCAGAACCGUUGCGAGGCUAUUGGCGUUUCAAGACUGUGACUAUUGCAGCGGCUUGUCAGUGCUCUGUGUAAGAGAUAAUGUACUAGAAUGUAGAUAAUUUAAAU